GUGUGCAUGUAAUAUUGCCAUUUGUUUAUGCGAUUGAAGUAAUAGUAUUCUUGUGUAACCAAGCAUUUGGGGCCUCCUAGGUUUGAUCUGCAAAUCUUCUUGAUUUUUUCGGUUCUUGAAAAAAAUUGAAAUCUUUAGUGGGGGUUUGAUACUCCCGAUUAUUCAUCUCCGUCGAGUUUUUGCAGUUUAUAGGUUUUUGGUGACGAAAAGUGCAUAGUUUUUUUCAGUUGCGUAUAUUUGGAACGAAAAAAAAUGGCAGGAAGAUCAUCCAGACCUACCGAUUCGCAAAACGGGCGGGGCCCACUCCCCCCACAAGUGACCUUCACGAGACGAACAUCGUCGGGCCGGUACGUGAACCUAUCAAGGGAGAGCCUCGACAGUGAAAUCAGCAGCGCAGAGUACGCGGAAUAUACCGUGCAUAUUCCCCCGACACCCGACAACCAGCCGAUGGACCGACCCAAUCCGCCAAUCUCCCAACGUGUCGAGGAACAGUUCGUGUCCAGCUCGCUAUUCACGGGCGGGUACAACAGCGUCACUCGGGCCCACCUAAUGGAUAAAGUGAUCGAGUCCGAGACGAACCACCCGCAAAUGGCGGGGGCAAAAGGGUCAUCUUGCUCGAUUCAGGGGUGCGACGGGAAAGUCAUGAGCGACGAGAGGGGCGACGAUAUCCUCCCCUGCGAGUGCGAUUUCAAGAUUUGCAGGGACUGCUUCGUUGACUCGGUCAAGACGGGUGAUAGUAUCUGCCCGGGUUGUAAAGAGCCGUACAAGAACGCGGACCUUAUGCUGGAGCCCGCUGCGGAGAAUAAUAAUAAUCCUCUGCAGCUGCAGUCGAAGAUGGAGAGGAGGCUAUCUAUGAUGAAGUCGGGGAACAGGUCGGGUAUAUUGAGGAGCCAGUCUGGCGGAUCGAGUGCUUUGGUGAGGAGUCAAACGGGGGUUGACUUCGAUCACAACCGUUGGUUGUUCGAGACUAAGGGGACUUAUGGAUAUGGUAAUGCUAUAUGGCCCAGGGAUGAAGGGUUUUCGGACGAUAAAAAAGCGGACUCGGCCGAGGCUUUGGAGCUUCUUAAUAAGCCGUGGAGACCGCUUACUCGUAAAUUGAAAAUAUCGGCUGCGGUACUCAGUCCGUACAGGCUAUUGAUCUUCGUCCGCAUGGCAGUCCUCGGUUUAUUUCUAGAAUGGCGAAUCAGCCACCCGAACGAGGACGCCAGGUGGCUAUGGAUGAUGUCAAUCAUCUGCGAAAUCUGGUUCGCCUUCUCUUGGCUACUCGACCAGCUCCCCAAAUUCUUCCCCGUAAACCGAGCCACCGAUCUCAACGUACUCAAAGAAAAAUUCGAAACCCCGACCCCUAAUAAUCCAGCUGGCAAAUCCGAUCUACCGGGGAUUGAUAUCUACGUCUCGACCGCCGACCCGGAAAAGGAACCGCCACUUGUCACUGCCAACACUAUCCUAUCAAUUCUCGCCGCCGAUUAUCCCGUUGAAAAGCUCUCUUGUUACGUAUCCGACGAUGGUGGUGCUCUUCUUACUUUCGAGGCCAUGGCGGAGGCGGCGAGUUUCGCUAACUUGUGGGUCCCGUUCUGCCGCAAGCACGGUAUCGAGCCGAGGAAUCCGGAAUCUUAUUUCAGUUUGAAAAGGGAUCCGUUUAAGAACAAGGUUCGCCCGGAUUUCGUCAAGGAUCGGAGGAGGUUGAAGCGCGAGUAUGAUGAGUUUAAAGUUAGGAUUAACGGUCUGCCCGAUUCGAUUCGUCGAAGAUCGGACGCUUAUAAUGCUCGUGAAGAAAUUAAAGCCAUGAAGCUACGAAGACAGGCUGUCGAAGAUGAACUGUUGGAGCCGUUGAAGGUGUCUAAAGCCACGUGGAUGGCUGACGGGACCCACUGGCCCGGCACAUGGAUCGUUUCUGCUUCCGAACACUCCAAGGGUGACCAUGCCGGAAUUAUACAGGUUAUGUUGAAACCACCGAGCGACGACCCGCUAAAUGGAACGGUGGAAAGCAGCCCUCUCGAUUUCACGGAGGUCGAUAUUCGUUUGCCGAUGCUCGUCUACGUUUCUCGGGAGAAACGGCCGGGCUACGAUCACAACAAGAAGGCUGGAGCGAUGAAUGCUCUUGUUCGGGCCUCGGCAAUCAUGUCCAACGGGCCUUUCAUUCUCAACCUCGACUGCGACCACUACAUCUACAACUCUCAGGCGAUGAGAGAAGGCAUGUGCUUCAUGAUGGAUCGAGGUGGGGACCGCAUCUGCUUCGUCCAGUUCCCGCAGCGGUUUGAGGGGAUCGACCCCUCCGACCGCUACGCCAACCACAACACCGUCUUCUUCGACGUGAAUAUGCGGGCCCUAGAUGGGCUUCAGGGCCCGGUCUACGUCGGCACGGGCUGCCUCUUCCGCCGGACCGCCCUAUACGGGUUCGACCCGCCCCGGUCCAAGGAUCACUCGUCGGGUUUUUGUUGUUGUUGCUUCCCUCGUCGUAAGAAACCCGUCAACUCCGCACCCGAGGAGCACGCAGCCCUCAGGAUGGGAGACGAGGAGGAGGAGAUGAUGAACCCGUCUCUGUUCUCGAAGAGGUUCGGCAACUCGAGCUUCCUCAUCGACUCGAUUCCCGUGGCGGAGUUCCAGGGGCGGCCGCUGGCGGACCACCCCGCCGUAAAGAACGGCCGCGCCCCUGGCGCCCUAACGAUCCCCCGCGAGCUCCUCGAUGCCUCCACCGUGGCGGAGGCGAUUAGCGUGAUCUCGUGUUGGUACGAGGACAAAACAGAGUGGGGUAACCGGGUCGGGUGGAUAUACGGGUCGGUUACCGAGGACGUGGUCACGGGCUAUAGAAUGCACAAUCGCGGAUGGAAGUCGAUUUAUUGCGUCACCAAACGCGACGCCUUCCGCGGGACCGCUCCGAUCAAUCUCACGGACCGGCUCCACCAAGUGCUCCGGUGGGCCACGGGAUCCGUUGAAAUAUUCUUCUCGCGCAACAACGCGCUAUUGGCUAGUCCAAAGAUGAAGAUUCUGCAACGGAUCGCGUACCUCAACGUCGGAAUCUACCCCUUCACCUCGUUGUUCCUAAUCGUGUAUUGCUUCCUCCCCGCGCUGUCGCUAUUCUCCGGCCAAUUCAUCGUCCAAUCGUUGAACAUCACUUUCCUCGUGUACCUCCUCGUCAUCACGUUAACUCUAUGCGCUCUGGCGGUGCUCGAGAUCAAGUGGUCGGGGAUUAAUUUAGAGGAGUGGUGGAGGAACGAGCAAUUCUGGCUGAUCGGCGGCACGAGCGCCCACCUGGCGGCGGUGCUGCAGGGUCUGCUCAAGGUGGUGGCCGGAAUCGAGAUCUCGUUCACGCUGACGUCGAAAUCGGGCGGAGACGAGAACGACGACGAGUUUGCCGAUCUGUACGUGCUGAAGUGGUCGUCUCUGAUGAUUCCGCCGAUCACGAUUAUGAUCACGAAUUUGAUAGCGAUAGCGGUGGGCGUGAGCCGGACGAUAUACAGCGCGAUACCGCAGUGGAGCCGAUUGCUCGGAGGGGUUUUCUUUAGCUUUUGGGUUUUGGCGCAUUUGUAUCCGUUUGCAAAGGGUUUGAUGGGGAGAAGGGGGCGGACCCCGACGAUUGUCUAUGUUUGGUCGGGGCUUAUUGCUAUUACCAUUUCGCUCCUGUGGGUUGCGAUUUCUCCGCCCGCUGGGGCUACGGAUAUCGGAGGGUCGUUCCAGUUUCCGUGAUUAUUUUGUUUAUUUAUUAAUCAUUAUUAUUAAAACAGUGUCAACUUUGUUAUAGUUUGAAAUUCUCCCUUUUUGUUCAAUGUUUAGAUGCGAAAAGAGCAGAAAUUAUUCAGAUUCUUCUUUUUGUGAUUUGAGGAACUUGGGAAAAUAGAUAAUACUAGUAUCUUUUGAUUUUGAUUUUGGAA